AUGUCCUCGACCCUGAACCCUAAUCAGAAAGGCAACGGCACAGCAAACUUCACAUGUGCCGUGUGCUGCCGCGCCUUUCACCGGCCAGAUCAUCUAGCGAGGCACGUCCGCAGCCAUAACAAUGUCCGGCCCUUCCGAUGUGAGGUUUGUGGUCGAACGUUUGGCCGCCGUGAUGUGUUAUUACGCCACGCGGAUCAAGUCCACCGGGAGCAUAGUGACCGUAAGAAGGAUGCCUCUGCAUUUAGACUCACCCAGAGCAAUGAGGGCCUGGGCGGUGAUGAAUUCUCAUUCGUGGGGAGGUCUCAAUCUAUCCCAAAAAGACAACGCAUAGGAGGAAAUUCUCCGGCCACGCAGGCCGUCGAUUUCGCCAGACACUCACCAGCACACGAAAUCGUUGAUGGCAUUGAAAAAGUAGCCUCCCUACGAGGGGCAGAGUUUGACGACUUUGUACAGCGGCUAUCCGGGGUCAGUUCCUACGCAGAUCUAACACGUGUCUUGCGCAAACAAGCACUCCCUCAGCUAAACGAGACACCUAUUCAAAUUUAUCCGAGUAUCUUGGCGGGUCAUUACGCAAGGCACAUUCGGAUUCCAUAUACUCCUCACUCACUACAAGUUGCCAGCACAUACCCAGUCACGUCCCUUAGCGAAUACACCGUCGAUCGCCUCCUGCAAUCCUAUCGGGAGAACUUUCCCUUUCCCUGGAUCCAUUUUCCCACUUGGGAUUUGUCUGCUGCGUCAUUGCUGCGAGAACAGCCCUAUGACGGACAGACGCAUAGGUUAUGCCAUGGCUGGAAGCGGCAGCCGCACAGACUGGUGCUGAUUUCCAUGUUGGCUUUGGGUGCCAGCUGUUGCCAAGAGACCGCCCUGGCCUUGGACUUGUACCAGCAGGUCCGAAAGGGAAUCCUCGGCUGGGUUUCUCGUGCAAGAGAGGAGCCACUCCCCCAGGCGUUCUUCCAAGCUUUCAUCGGAUAUCUUGCCUUUGGUAUAACCUUUGGAGACAAAUCCUUGGAAGAUCUGACUAUUGGCCACACGAUAUCCCUCAGAGCGUUAGUGAGAGAUGCAGCCUUGGAUAAACCAAAGGCAACUGCAGAUGAGCCGGCCGUUUGUGGGUGUGGUUGCUGUGCUGAUAAGAGUGUCUCUCAAUGGCUUCGAUGGGUAAGAGUUGAGGAACGUAAGCGCACUUUCUUUGCGUAUUUCUCGCUACUGAGUUCGACCUUGAUGUACCUCAAUUCCGUUGCUACUGUGGAUUGGCGCGAAGUCGGAUAUGAAUUGCCUUGUGGCGAGCAAGUCUGGUUGGCCGAUAGUUCCUCGGCUUGGAGCGAAGCAAUCAGGACAGAUCCUAUGCAACCACAGUUUGCCAAGGCGGUACGACAUCUCUUUGAGAACGAUGCCGCGGCUGAUGACCAGAGUAGAGCUUUUGGACCUCAUUCAACUUCAAACGGUUAUAGAGGCCGGCGCCAGCACAUGGAUCGUCUGCUGCAAACCGAAAUGUCCUGCUUUCUCCUCAUUACAGCAAUACACUACGAAGCCUUCCAUGCUCGGACACAGCCUGGACCGUACUACGACAAUGCUGACGAGGCGCUUGAAAGAUGGCAGGCUCUAUGGACAAAAACCUGUGCUGACAUGAGUUCUGAGCACGUUGAGAGGCUCAUGAGCUGCAGCACCGCCAUGUUCAACCACACGCAGUUGGUUCUGCAGGCAAACAUUGAGGAAGCAAGAGAGAGUCUCAUGUCCAGGAGGUUCAAGAAACUCCACAUCUUAUUCUUGUUUCCCGACCGCAGUCCCCAGACUGGGUAUCCUUUUGAUUUGCCAUGGACCGCCGACGAAGAUCAGUUGAUCGAGAACAUGUUUUUCAUGAGCGAGCAUCGCAGUGCGUUCCGCCAUCUCGCAACAUCCGCUCUGAGUGCCUUGGAACAAUCUGUUAUAUCUGUUUCAGAAGAGAGCCAGCGCGUUCAGAUUAGUUUGCACGUUGCGGCAUCCAUGUUCUACAACAUACAGUGUUUGUGCAGCUGGCUAUGCUUCUUCGCUCAUUGUCUGGACCGAGGUCUGUAUGGCGGCGACUUCGGGUGGGAUGAUAACGCAGAUGCUAAAGACAGCCAUUUGCUUGAGUCUAUUCUGUCCUUUGCGCAGAACCGGAAAAGGGAGUUCAACGCGUCAUAUGAGAUCCUGAGCUCCCCAGAUGACUUCGACAGGAACAAGGCGGGCCGACUUGCAUGUGACCUACUUGAUGUGCACCACCAUAUACUCAGUCAAUGUCGAACCUGGCCACUUUUCGACCAUGUUGGUGAUGCCUUGAAAGGGCGCUCUCUUGCAAUUUCUGACUGGAUAGAUGCCAACUAG